CACUAAAUAGCGAGGUCGAAGGUUGGUGUGCAGUUUGAUAUGGCUUCCAACUACAAGAAACCAUCUUUAGGAGUGACAACUCAGAGAAAGAAACCUGUCCCAAAGCCUGAGCUCACAGAGGAACAGAAACAAGAAAUUCGAGAGGCUUUUGAUCUUUUCGAUACUGAUGGAGCUGGAACCAUAGAUGUUAAGGAGCUAAAGGUUGCCAUGCGAGCAUUGGGAUUUGAGCCAAAAAAAGAAGAAAUUAAGAAAAUGAUUGCUGAUAUUGAUAAAGAAGGCACUGGAAAAAUAUCUUUUGGUGAUUUUAUGUCUGCAAUGACACAGAAAAUGGCUGAAAAGGAUUCCAAAGAAGAGAUAAUGAAGGCAUUCAGAUUAUUUGAUGAUGAUGAAACAGGAAAGAUAUCAUUUAAAAACCUGAAACGGGUGGCCAAGGAGCUUGGUGAAAACCUUACAGAUGAAGAAUUGCAGGAAAUGAUAGAUGAAGCUGACCGAGAUGGAGAUGGUGAAGUCAAUGAACAAGAAUUUCUUAGAAUAAUGAAGAAGACAAGUUUAUAUUGAAUUAGGCAACAUAGGUCCAAUGCAUUUCCAUUCUCUCGAUUUUGUGACACCAAAGUCCUUUGUGUAAAUGAAGAGACAGAUUUAAACCAUCAAAAAUGAAGUCUUAUUCCAUCACUCCAUAAUGUGUUUCGCACAAAUUUCUGGUUAUUUUCUAUAUUGUACUUUUAAUGGCUACUACUUCUUGCCUGUAACAGUGUUGUAAUGUGUUGGAAUAGUGGAAUCAAACAAAUACUGGUAUGACUAUUGGAUUUAAGUCUACCAAAGUAUGCAAUAUCUUGGCACAAAGGGUGCUUAUCUUGUAUGCAACAUAAAUCUGUCCAGGCAGCAGACAUUCUGUCAUGUGGCUUUGGUCCUUAUAAGAAUACAGUAUGCCUUUUAUUUGUAUUGCUGUUACAUAUCACCCAAAUAUAUUUAUUCAUAUGGAAUUAGUUCUGUGUAAUAAAAUAUUUAAAGUUAUGGGUUUAUAGUAUCUUGUGAGUAAUGUAAUGAUGGUAGUGCAAACAUUUUCCAACACACUUUAAAAUAUAGCACUAUAUACCAAACUGCCUCCUUUUUCCAGAUUUGCAGGGCUAUUUUGUCCCUAAACUUUACAGAACUCCUAGUCAAAGAAUACAUACAAGAUAUACAAAGCUGUACAAGGUAAUACAGGCAGAUGCUGGUUAUAUAAAAAAAAAAAA